ACCAUCAUGAGAGAUGAAGUCCUGAACGGCUGAACCCCACGAACAGGCGACUAGGCGAGCACGAGCCUUCAACACCCGCACUCUAUAUAGAAAGAGCCCGCGGCACCCGUUCAUCACAAAUCGGACGGCCUAGAGUCCCUCAGGGUUAAAACCCUAAACUAGAAAGGGGCUCGCAGAGUCGCAGUGGCAGCGAGGCAGCCAGCCAGCCAGCCAGCCAGCCUCCCCCCUCCCAAGCCCUAUCCUUUCCCCACCUCCCGGGUCUCCCGCAUUCCUAUCCUCUCCUCUCCUCAUCCGCGCCGCCGCCGCCGCCGCCGUAGUCGCCGCCGCCGCGGCUUCCCCUCCUCCCCCGAGCCAAGAUGAAUGUUGACAAGCUCAAGAAGAUGGCAGGUGCUGUGCGCACUGGGGGGAAGGGUAGCAUGCGCAGGAAGAAGAAGGCAGUUCACAAGACUACAACCACAGAUGACAAAAGACUUCAGAGCACCCUGAAAAGAAUAGGAGUGAACACCAUUCCUGGUAUUGAAGAGGUCAACAUCUUUAAGGACGAUGUUGUUAUUCAGUUUGUGAAUCCUAAAGUGCAAGCUUCAAUUGGUGCUAAUACAUGGGUGGUCAGUGGAACUCCACAGACGAAGAAGCUUCAAGAUCUGCUUCCAUCCAUUAUCAAUCAGCUUGGUCCUGACAACUUGGACAACCUGCGGAGGCUUGCAGAGCAAUUCCAGAAGCAGGCCCCUGGUGCUUCUGGUGCAGAGGCUGGUGCCAGCGCAGGUGCUGCUCAGGACGAUGAUGACGACGUUCCUGAGCUUGUCCCUGGAGAGACAUUUGAGGAGGCCGUGGAAGAGAAAAAGGAGGAGGCAUCAUAAUUUUGCUACAGGCCUACUGUUGUGAAGUGGGUAUAAGUGAAGCGUUACCAUUAGAAGAGACCUGUUGAGAACUCUGACCUACCUUAUUUGUGCCUGUGGUCCGGUUAUGUCGUGAACGAGAAUUUGGUAGGAUGUGCUGGUGGGAUUUUACAUGAAGUACGCCUCUCUUUUUUCACGCAUAUAUCUCCCUUGCUUUUGUGUGGUAAAGGUCUUGUUAAUGGUAAAGGCCACACUUAAACCAAACAAAGGUACCAUGAUUCCCGAAGAUGAAUACCAGAUAUCAGUUCUCACCUGCCA